AUGAAGGAAAAACAAAAUUCCAAAAUUAUUAAGCAUUUUACCAAUAUUGCGUCAUUAAAACGAUUUAGAAUGAAAUUGUUUAGUAAACUUAGAAAGAUGCGUAAUUCAGUUGAUAAUUAUCAUGAUGCUAGGAUUAAAUGGGGGAAGGAAAAGGAAAAGGUUUGCGACUUUAAUUUUUUUAAUUUAUUAGGACGUGUCAGACUAGAGUCAAUUUUCUCAUUUUUUCCAAACAUGAAAUUAAGGUGGGAGGUUGGAAAAGUAUCUUGAAAAUAGGAACCUGAAGCUAGAAAAUAAGAACUUGAGCUAGAAAUCCAAUAGGAAAAUGAAGAACAUGGAAUACUUAGAAGA